AUGGAUUCUCGCCAUUCAGAUCUCGUGCUCGAUGCCCAGAUUCAAGUUGAAUUCAGCGCCGAUCUCACGCAUCGAUUCACAAUUCAGUCCAAGUUCUCGUCCGGACGGCACUUCAGACGCAGACAGCGAAAAGACACAUGGCAGGUGGAAAAGCUCCUUGGGAGUGGAUCGUCUGGCACGGUUUCUCUGCACAAAUGCUUGACGAGCGAGGGCCAAGCGGAACUACAGGCCGUGAGAAUGAUCAAUAAAGCACUUCUUUCUAAGGGCAUCGACUAUUAUAAAGAGUUGGAAGCUAUUGCGAAAUUCUCUCAGAAAAAGUACGACGGGUCGUUUGUCAAAUUCCUUGGGUGGUAUGAGAGCAAUGACUUUGUUUUCAUCGUUAUGGAGUAUAUGAAACAUGGAGACCUAGAUUCGCAUCUUAAAAAACCAUUGCCCGAAAAUGAAGCUCGUGAAAUCACUUUGCAGCUAGCAGAAGGCCUCGAAUUUCUUCACGAUAAUAGGGUCGCUCAUCGAAACCUCAAACCUGCGAAUAUCUUCGUCUUUCGCAAAAGUCCCGAUUGGUGGGUCAAACUCGGCGAUUUUGGAUUCAGCAAAUGCGUCAAUGAGAAUGAAGGCCUUCAAACAUGGGUUGGAACUCCUCUGUUCAUCGCACCAGAAAUGCAGAUGCUUUAUCCACCUGGGAAAAAUGGCCACAGCGACAUGUCUCAUUAUACAGAGAAAGUCGACAUAUGGGCGCUGGGUGUUACGACGUAUUACAUGGUUUUCCACGACUAUCCAUUCACCCCUAGAAAACGAGUUCAUCUGUCACAAUAUGUUCACGGCGCGGCUCUUCCGCUUCCAAAAGGUUCAUUAUCGCCGGUCAGCCAGGAGUGUUAUAACUUUAUCAAGGCCACAAUAGAACCGGACGCUACGAAACGACUAUCGGCAAAAGCGGCCACGGAGGACGAGUGGCUUAAGGGACUUUAUGUCCCAGUAGCUGGAUUAAAACGCUUGGGUUUGUCUGAGACCAACUUGACAAAUGUUGCUUCACGGAAAGAAGUUCAAACGGCACCAAAAUCAUUCCAUGCUACACCAGAACAAACCAUCAAAAUCUUCCAGGCCAGCAGUGAAUCCAAUCCUAAGGAAUCUGUACCAGAUAAUGCAGCGUCACACGUUUACGAAGCUCUCAUCGCGACUGAUACUUCUGCAGAACAUGCAGAUACAUCAAAUAACGAGCAAUCUCAAGUUGGAUAUCCAAACAUCGCCCGGCCAAAACAUGGGCGCUCAAAAUUUGCCAAAGAUUUACGGCUAGGCAGGCUAGGUAUACUUCAAGAUUAUCAUACGAGGGGUGUCCAACUGUUCCGCCAGAACAAGCACGCGGAGGCUGAGAUUCUGCUCCGAAAAGCGGCAAUGAAACGCAAUCAGGAACUUGGAUUGGCGAAUCAUGACACUCGUAACUCAUUUCAUUGUCUUGGAGUUUUAUACUACCAUAUGUCCACCUAUCGAGUAGCCAGAUGGCUAUUUCAGCAGGUACUAGAAGUUCAGAAGAAAAAAUUUGGACUGGUCCAUCCAUGCACGCUUAAGACAGAAUAUUGGAUUGGCCUGACGAUGCUGCGAGACGGAAUGAACAGGGAAGGAAGGCUUACCGUGAAGAGAGUAGCAAACAUUCAGAAACGUGUCCUUGGACCGAAUCACCCAGACACUCUUCUUUCACUUUCUGAACUUGAUCUGAGACAGCCUCCUGAAUUUUUGGGACCCUCGAAAACAGAUUCAUUGCCGCAGAUGUCUCUAAGCGCACGGUCAUCAGAGAUGGAUCUAAUCACAAAGUCUAUGCGGAAGUAUAUCCAGGAUCUCAAAGCAGAACUCUGGCCAGAACAUCACAACACUGAUUCCAAACAAUGCAAUCGCAGGAUAACUGUGAGAUUACCACCAACCGCUUCGCAACCUAUCGCGAAGCCCCAGUCAGAGGAGUCACUUUCUUCCAAAAUCAAGACCCAUUAUCGCACAAUGGCUGAACUGGGCCAAUGGCUCCAUGGAAAGGGAUAUUACAAGGCUGCCCAAAAUAGCCUGGAGAUGGCCGUGAGUGGGUUAAAUCAAUGUCUUGGACCAACACAUGCCGAGUUCCUGGACGCGCUUUACUGGCUUGGCUUGAACCAAUUUGAGUUGGGCCAAUAUGAAAACGCAGAGAAUAUAUUCAGAGAGGUAUCAGUUGGUCGGGACACGAGCGUUGGCUGGAAAAGCAGGCGUAUAUUUUAUUUUGACUUUGCCCUUGCUCUAGGACGAGCACUAGCAAAGCAAGGAAAGUAUGCAAUGGCCGAGUCCAUGUUUCGUCUCAAUAAACAAGAUACUAUAUUCCUCUUCGAGCUUGGACUCGUCUUAUGCAAGCAGGGGAAAUCUGUCGAGGCGGACACAUGUCUUUCGCAAGCAUUUCGUCAACAAAGAACAUACAGCUUUUCAAUGACUGAUUAUUGGAUUCAGCGGGUUCGUCAUGAUUGGAGCACCUACGAACUGCCUUGGACCUGCUGCCUGAGACUACCAGGGCAAAAGUCAAUGCUAAUGAAGAUGAACAAGCACUCAGACGUGUGGCCAAGAAGUUUUUGA